AUGUUACAGGCCAUCAAAUACAGCCAGGGUCACCUGGAGAUCCUGGACCAGCUACAGCUACCGUUUAUCGAGAAAUACAUCCCCAUCCAGACGGCCGAGGAUGGGUGGAACGCGAUCAAGGAGAUGAAGGUUCGGGGGGCGCCCGCCAUCGCGAUUGUCGCCAUGCUUGCCCUGGCCUCGGAGUUGCAUGCGCGCAAUGCGGCUGGUCAGAUUCCCGAAGACGCAGAGGAGGCGCAGCAGUUGAUUGCUCAGAAAUUGGACUAUCUGGUCACCAGCCGCCCGACUGCGGUCAACCUGGCGGAUGCCGCGCGCAAGCUGGGAAAGCUGGUGGUGUCGCAAGCCGCACAAUCGGGAGCCACCGGUCAGAGUACCAUUCAGGCUUUCAUUCAGGCUGCGGAGGAGAUGCUGGGCAAAGAUCUUGAUGACAACCAGCGGAUUGGACACAAUGGCGCGGAGUGGAUUAAGGAACAUGCGACCAAGGCUGGAGCGCCUGUCGCCGUCCUGACACACUGCAAUACCGGAUCUUUAGCGACGUCCGGUUAUGGUACUGCGCUCGGUGUGAUCCGAUCGCUCGCCUCGAAGAACAUCCUACGCCAUGCCUACUGUACAGAAACAAGACCCUACAACCAAGGCUCCCGCUUGACGGCCUUUGAAUUGGUUCAUGAUAAAAUUCCAGCUACCUUGAUCACCGACUCAAUGGCCGCUGCCUUGUUGGCCGACACGAGCGCGGGCGUCAACGCCAUUGUGGUGGGCGCAGAUCGGGUGGCCGCCAAUGGAGACACCGCCAACAAGAUCGGGACAUACAGUCUAGCCGUCCUUGCCAAGCACCACGGGGUCAAGUUCCUGGUUGCCGCACCGCUGACCACCAUCGACCUCGCCACAAAGACCGGUAGCGACAUCGUCAUCGAGCAGCGCCCCGCAGCGGAGAUGACCAGCAUCAAGGGCCGCGCGCGGGCACGUCCGGCACGGCUGCUUGAGACAGUCUGCAUCGCGGCCCCGGGCAUUAAUGUCUGGAACCCAGCAUUCGAUAUCACCCCGGCGGCGCUGAUUGACGGUAUCAUCACUGAGGUGGGGGUUGUGGAGAAGGGCCCCGAUGGUCAAUUCCACAUGGAGACGGUGUUCAACGACUCUGCUCCUCGGGCUUGA